UGAAAUUCAAAUUUGAACAGAUGUUUGCUUUGUACCGAGGUAGUGAGGAGGCUUGUACGUGAAGCGACACCUCUGUGUGCAACUCAAGUUAAUUUAAAAAAAAUAUCUUACCCGGCGAAUACGGGUGAUUCUCCGGUCAGAAGCACAUUACGACUGUUACGGGGAGGAAAUGGACCCCUUUACUGAGAAACUGUUGGAGCGCACACGCGCCCGUCGGGAGAAUCUGCAGAAGAAGAUGGCUGAGAGGCCCACAGCCGCCAACAGACACAUGGGAAAACGUGUACGCGAGCCGCUGGCUGUGAGCAACACCGUGACCGAGUCAGCCCCUGAGAAUGCCCCUCCCUCCUCCAAGCCUUCUCCCUCCAAACGCAGGUGCUCCGGUGACACGGAACUGUCCAAGGCAGAGGUGGAGAACGUAGAGCCAGUGGCGGUCUCUUUGGGGGCCCCUGCCCCUCAGGAUCCGCCCACAGAUCGGAAGCCCCCGCCCGGGCCCUCCGCCACCCGCUCUGUCCCCUCUCUGGAGAGGAAUGUUUCACAGCCUGCUGCGAAGCUGGAGAGGAAUGGGGAUGCAGGCCAGCUGACCUCUGCCCCAGCCCAGGGGCUGGUUAGGGGUGCCCACCCCCAGAGCACUCCUGCUGGGCCCGCGGCUAUGAGGUCCCGCCUUCAGAAACUGGCUGAACAGAGGCAGUACUGGGACACUGAUGAUGUGAUCCCAGACAGCACCCCUGCGUCCCCCCCUGAGACUCAGAGACAGGAAGUGACCCCUGCCCCCACCCCGACAUCCUCCGACACGCCAGUGGGGCGGAGGGGCCGGCUGGCCAACCUCGCAGCCACCAUUGGCUCCUGGGAGGACAACCUGGGGGCACCGAGAUUGGCGCAGAGAGACAAUGCACAAGCAAAGCCUGGUACCGCCUGUUUACCCGCCUCGCGCCACAGAGCCGCCGGCGUCAGCGCUCAGACCGGCCUCGCGGUACAGCGCCUGCAUUCCGGCCAGGCGGCUGCAAGCAAGCCCAUUAUCGCUGGGCAACAGCAGUCGGCCUCUUCGCCGGCUAAAGUGAACGUAGCAGCUCAGCCGAGUCCCCAGAAGGCUCAUUGUUCAAACCUCAGGCCCACUCCGCAGCCGGGUCCCGCUGCUCCCUCCGCGUCCCCGUCUGCUGGCCCCAGGGCCGCCCACCUCUCCAGCCCUCAUAAAGCAGGUGCGGAGGCUGCUGCUGGACUGCGGCAGCCUCCUUCUCAGAGUCCCCAGAAGAGCCAGAUGCCUGCUAGAGACCUCGGCUCAGGAAGAGACAUCCAGCCAAGCCCUAAGAAACCCGAACUGCUCGGCAAGCCUCUGGCGACGGUGUCGUCCGCCGUCCUGCUCAGGGAGACCACGCCCUUGCAGGCAAAGACCCCAUCUGGAGCUCAGAGUGGACCGGGGGUCAAGUCCUUCCUGGAGCGUUUUGGGGAGCGCUGCCAGGAGCGUUCUGCCCAGAACUCUCCUUCAACUGCCGCAGGUCAGAAGACCCCAUUGCCGGGGCAGUCGGCGACUCCCAGGACCCGGCUGAUGCAAGAGAAGCUGAAGCCCACUCCUGUGGUCACCGCCACGGCCGACCUUGCCCAGAAGCAGAGGCUGGAGCGAGAGAACGAACUAGCGCAGCUGCGAAAUCGCUUCCAGAGAGGGAACGUGCAGAAGCCGAGCGCAGUGGCCAGCGCCAAGCAAUCGACACAGCCAACAGAGAGCACUGUUAUGCCAAUUGAGCCUGAGGAUAGGCCAACAGCGCCCCCUGUGGUGACACUGAGCACUGCGGCAAAGUCCUGCUCUGCAGAGUCGCUUAUUGAGACGGCUGCUUCCAGCCCGUUAAAGACAGCAGAAAUUUGCUCUAAGAUGUCUGAUGACAACCAAGAAGCCUCCAUGGGGGAGCGGGAGGUCGACAUGGUCGUAGAUGCGGGGAACAGUUCAGAGGUCAUCAACAAGCUCUUCGACGGCGUCCUGGAGGAGAGCGAGGAUCACGGCGCUGAGAAUGAAGAGGAGGAUGAAGAUGAUGAAGGAGAUGAAGAUGCCCUGAACAUCUCCUCCAUGUCGCUCUUGGCCCCCCUGGCAGAGACGGUCGCUGCUGUCGUGAAAAGCCCUGAGCUGAAGCUGCUGACCUCCACCCCAGCAAGCUCUUUCCGAGAGAAGAGCAAGACCCCUGAUAGUGCCCGGCGGGCCGAGAAGCUGCAGAGGGCCCGGGUGCGGCGUACCCGCUCGUCUGAGAGCUUGGACAUUGCCGAAGACGAGCAGAACCUCCCCUACAGCAUCGACGCCUACAGGUCCACCAGGGUCAAGGAGACGACCCGGCCGCACGUGAAGCAGGUGAUCGUGCGCAAGGAGGAUGUGAAGCAGAAGGCAUCGGAGACGGAGCUAGCCACGCCCACAAACCACGUCAGCGUCAAGCAGAAGAUCAAGGACCUGACCAAUGAGAUGAACCUGCAGCAGACAGUGAUCCACCAGGCCAGCCAGGCGCUCAACUGCUGCACGGACGAGGAGCACGGGAAGGGCUCCCAGGUGGAGGCCGAGGCCGAGAGGCUGCUGCUCAUUGCCACUGAGAGAAGAGUGGCGCUAAAAGCCGAACUGGACCGGCUGAGGGUGGAGGGCCCGAAGAAGGGCCCGGGCUCCUCUAGAGCAGCAGAGGAAGGCACCAUCUCCGCCUCAAAGGGCUCCAUCACGCUGAUGGAGCUGCGUCUCCCCCUGAAGGCCGACUUUGUCUGCUCCGCCGUCAGCAAGCCAGAGAACUACUACUUCUUCAUCAUGAUCCGGGCGGGAGCGGAGAACACAGUGGCGACCCCUCUGGCCAGCACCCGCAGCGCGCUGAGCGGGGACGCCCUCACCUUCUCUACCAAAUUCACACUUUCCAAUGUCACUAAUGACUUUGAAAUUGACGUGGAAGUCUACUGUCUGGUGCAGAGGCGUGAACUGUGCUCUGAGAAGAAGAAGAAGCCAAGCAAGUCAAAGGCCAUAACUCCCAAGCGUCUCCUGACCACCAUAACCAAAAGCAAUCUUCAGACUCCAGUGAUGGCCAGCCCAGGCGGCCCCAAUGCAGUCCGCACCAGCAGCUUUGUCCUUGUGGGCUCCCACAAACUCUCACUGGCUUCCAUUGGAAAGAACAAAUUUCCCCUGGAGAAGAUCAGUCAUGAAGAAAGUGAGAUAGAGUUUCUUGGUGACAUGUUUCAACACAAGGUCCCCUUCCUGUGUCCCCUGGAGGGACACGUCUACCUGAAGCUGCAGUGUGAGGUUGGCUCACAGGUGGAGGAGAGGGGCUUCCUGACGAUGUUCGAAGAUGUCAGUGGCUUUGGGGCCUGGCACAGGAGGUGGUCCGUUCUCUCGGGGUACUGCAUCUCAUACUGGACCUACCCAGACGACGAGAAGCGCAAGAGCCCCAUCGGUCGGGUCAACCUGGCGAACUGCACGAGCCGGAAGGUGGAGCCAGCGAACCGGGAGUUCUGUGCCAGACCAAACACCUUCGAACUCAUCACCGUUAGGCCCCAGAGGGAGGACGACAAAGAGACGCUGGUCAGCCGGUGCAAGAACACCAUGUGUGUCACCAAGAACUGGCUGAGUGCAGACACCAAGGAGGAGCGCAAUCUCUGGAUGCAAAAAUUGAACCAGAUUCUGGUGGAUCUCCGCAUGUGGCAGCCUGACUCCUGCUACAGGCCUGUUUAAGUCUGCCACCUGGUGUUUGGGAGGGCAAAUGACAUCCUUACACACAUGUCCCCCUGAUUUGUCUUCCUGACUUAACUUUAAAAUGACCUUUUUAAAAAAACAUUUAUGUGCAAUAUAGUAUCUAGGGAAUGCUUAUAUGUGCUAUUUUUAAGAGAGAUUAAGGAUCCAGGAUAUUUAAGGAUCCAGGAAAAAAAUUAAGUAAGCUAUUCAUUUUGGCUGUUUAACAGGAUGUCUCAGUUUAUAUGCUGCUUGUAUGGUUGUACCCUUGGAUUACCUAACGUUUUAGACCUGCUAAACUGUUUUUUAUUAGAUAUUCCAAGAGAGUGUUCAUAUGUUUUUAUCAAGAGAUUUGUUUUUUAUUGUUUUACUUCACUAGGUUAUGACUAUUCCCGUUGAUGCAGGUCCAUUCCUACACUCCAUACAUACUUAGCUUGUGUGUUAAUUACACAAAUAUCUUUCACUGUGUUUGAAUGGGACAGGCUAGUGUUAAUGACACUGAAUUUUAAGUUAAAGCCUCGUGAAAACGUUUUGGAGAAGUUAGUUAGCCGAAAGCCCUUUUGCUGUGGUGAAACGGAAGCAUUUAACAUCCUACAGUUUGCUGAUAAGUCGCCUUUAUUAUUGUUUGUAUUAUGUAUGUGUUUGUAAACGUUUGUCUGCCUCAUGGUUAAAUGUUGAGGCAUCUGGGAAUACAAUGCUGAUGACAGCCCCAGCUACGCUGGUCUUCAAUAGCACUCUCCUUAAUGUGGCAUGAGUCUGCCACACCUUGCAUACGUAUAUAUAUGCAUGUGUACACGCCUUUGUCGUAUUAUUCUAACCCCUUGUUUACAUACAUAUAGCCUUUGCCAUUAAUGUAUUUGCUUAACAUAAGAACCAUUUGGCAAGUAAGGAAAAUGUGUUUUUGUUUUUUUUUUUGUUUUUUUUUAUAAUAUUUCCUGAUUUUUCCCUAUCGUCCAUUUUGAAUACAGAAUGCAGAUUGCUGUAGUGUUUGGACUCUGACAACAUGCCAAAGUUACAGAUUAAAUGAACACUUCACACUUCAGCAAUAUUUUCUAAAAUGUUAAGACUCCAAUAAAUGCCAGUUUUAACUAUU